AUGUUGACCAAUUUCGGUGCUAAACUGGACACACCAACUGUGAACGGUGACGAGACGGUGUUCGACAUUUGUGAAGACGAAAAACUCCACGAGCGACUGGUAAUUCUAAGAGAAGAACUCAAAAGAUGGCAGAACUUUCAUUUGGCUCAAAAUAAAAACACAACAAAUGGAAAUGGUGAUCUCAAUAACAAAAAUCGAGGCCUUAGUCGACGGAGGAGCAGUAAUCCAAGAAGUUCUUCUAUUCGACGAACGAGUAUGCGAGACAAAGCGAAAAUCUCUUGGAAGGAAGCUCAACAAGAGGCAGAGACCCGUUCCUUAGUUUUACCAACAGCUGACGGUGAUUCUGUAGUAGAGGAGGUUGUGAAAACGCCCGUUUGGAUGACAGCAGUGGAAGACUCUAAUGAAGGAGGCACUUCCAGUAGCGCAUUUCUCAAAAACAGUCCCCCUGAAGGCAUUGCCAUUCCAUCCAGUAUAGACAUACAUCAUCGACGUCCAACAGGUCCCGCCCUUCUCGCUCCACUUCCAGUCAAUUCCAAUUUGCGCUCAAGGCCUUCCAAUAACGGUUCCGUGGCGAAAAAAAACUCCGUAUGUUUCAAGUUCUUUUUGCCCCGCUAUAUGUUACGCUAA